UUAUUUCGUUCCCCUGAAACAGGAGCAGACCCUCGAUUGUUGAUCUCCCUCAGGAUGAACCACAGACCGCUUGCGGUUCACUGCAACAGCCGGCCUGCGGGAUACGCCGACAGCCCCAGAGCCAGGAGCCGUGACAACCUGCUGAUGUGCGAUGACUUGGGGGAGGAAUACUGUUGCUCUGGACGAUGCCUCGGUCACAGCAGCUCUGAGAGGCAGCUCAUGGCUCGUCUCACUGCCGUUAAACGACGCCAGGCUCUCCGAGGUCCUGCCUACAUGUUCUCUGGCCCCUCAGUCAGCCUGUCAGAGGUUGAGCAACGUUUCCUGGAGGCAGCUGAAUACGGCAACAUACCAGAGGUGCGCCGCAUGCUGCUCCACGUGCCCAACUUGAAUGUCAACACUGUGGACUACAUGGGCCAAAAUGCACUGCAGCUGGCCGUGGCCAACGAGCAUCUGGAAGUGACGGAGCUGCUGCUGGGGAGGGCAGACUUGGCCAGAGUGGGUGAUGCCCUCCUUCUGGCCAUCAGUAAAGGCUACGUCCGUAUCACGGAGGCCCUGCUGAAUCACCCUUCAUUUAGAGAUGCUCAUCGUCUGACAGCGAGUCCCGCUCAAGCAGACAUGUUGGAUGACUUCUACGCUUAUGACGAAGACGGGACGAGGUUUUCUCACGAUGUGACUCCAGUGAUACUCGCAGCUCACUGCCAGGAAUACGAGAUAGUUCACACCCUGCUGAGUAAAGGGGCCCGCAUCGACCCUCCCCACGACUACUUCUGUGGCUGCGACUCGUGUAACUACCAGCAGCAAUUCGACUCCUUCAGCCACUCGCGAUCGAGGAUCAAUGCCUACAAAGGGCUCGCCAGUCCUGCCUACCUCUCCCUGUCUAAUGAGGAUCCAGUGCUGGCGGCUCUGGAGCUCAGCAACGAACUGGCCAUGCUGGCUAAUAUUGAGAAAGAAUUUAAGAACGAUUACUGCCGCCUGUCGAGCCAGUGUAAGGACUAUGUGGUGGGCCUUCUGGAUCUGUGUCGCAGCACAGAGGAAGUGGAGGCCAUACUGAGCGGACAAACGGACUCUGAAGACAGCUAUGAUGUACCAGAUCGCCCCUCCCUCACACGGCUCAAAUUAGCCAUCAAAUAUGAACUCAAGAAGUUUGUGGCUCACCCUAACUGCCAGCAGCAGUUGUUGAGUAUCUGGUAUGAAAACCUGCCUGGCCUGAGACAACAAACCACUGCCAUCAAACUGCUGGUGGUGCUGGCGGUGGCUAUAGGACUGCCUGGACUGGCUGUGGCUUACUGGAUCACCCCAUGCAGCAGAGUGGGGAAAGUGAUGCGCAGCCCUUUUAUGAAGUUUGUGGCGCAUGCAUCAUCCUUUACAAUAUUCCUGGGUCUUCUCAUCUUAAAUGCUGCUGACCGUUUCGCAGGCACCACCCUGCUGCCAAACAUGACCCACCAUCACCUUCCAGAAAGUGCACAACUAAACUCUGACCCGCUGCUGCUCUACCGCAUGACUACAACACCCUUCACCUGGAUGGAGAUCCUCAUCAUUUCAUGGGUCAUGGGUAUGAUUUGGGCUGAGGUGAAGGAGAUCUGGAGUCAAGGACCAGGAGAGUAUCUGGUCGAACCGUGGAACUUUCUGGACUUUGGGAUGCUGGCGAUCUUCCUUGCCUCCUUCAGCUGCCGCUUCUCUGCUCUGAGACACGCUGACAUAGCCCAGACCUAUGUAUACACACAACAAUACACAACACUGAGUAAUGUCACACUGCCCCCCGAGAUACACUACUUUACUCUGGCACGUAUCGACUGGUUGCCGUCAGAUCCACAGCUGGUAUCAGAAGGCCUGUACGCUGUCGCAGUGGUGCUGAGCUUCUCUCGGAUUGCUUACAUCCUCCCAGCCAACGAGAGCUUCGGUCCGCUGCAGAUCUCUUUAGGGAGGACUGUAAAGGACAUCUUCAAGUUCAUGGUCAUCUUCAUCUUGGUCUUUCUGGCCUUCAUGAUCGGCAUGUUCAAUCUGUACUCUUACUACCUGGGGGCCAAGCAGAACGACGCCUUCACCACCCUGGAGGAGAGCUUCAAGACAUUGUUCUGGGCUAUAUUUGGCCUGUCCGAGGUCAGAUCCGUCGUAAUCAACAACGGGCACAAAUUCAUCGAGAACAUUGGCUAUGUGCUGUACGGGGUGUACAACGUUACCAUGGUGAUAGUGCUGCUCAACAUGCUCAUCGCCAUGAUCAACAGUUCCUUCCAGGAGAUUGAGGAUGACGCUGACGUUGAGUGGAAGUUUGCUCGUGCAAAACUUUGGUUCUCCUACUUUGAAGAGGGCAGGACUCUCCCUGUGCCCUUUAACCUGGUCCCGAGUCCUAAAUCUAUGCAGGGACUGGCCUCAGCCAUUAAGUCUCUGCUUCUGCAGUUUGUGGAAGGACACAGUCAGGAGAAAAUGGAGACGCAACUCAACCAGCUCGGGGUGGGAAAAAAUUCAGGAUAUGGUGCUUCUUCUAGCCCAACCAGGUAUCAGAAGAUCAUGAAGCGACUGAUAAAGCGUUACAUCAUCAAAGCCCAAGCAGACAGAGAGAGUGACGAGAUCACUGAAGGUGAGCUGAAAGAGAUCAAACAGGACAUCUCCAGUCUGAGAUAUGAGCUGCUGGAGGAGAAAUCACAGAGCACGGACACGCUUGACGGGCUGCUGAGGAGGCUGGAAGAGCUCAGCACACCUUCAUCGUCACACUGACUGUCAUCCCGACUUUUACAUGAAACUGUACAGCUCUAAGAGCGUCAAGUGCCUGUUCUAUGUCACUGAAUGUAGAUACACUAAUACAGUGGCAAACCAAGAUCAAAUGAGAAUAUAUGUGAAUACAAAAUUAAAAUGUAACUGGCUGACUGCAA